GCAACGCGAGUGUUGCUGCCGAGCUUCGAUAACCGAGAGGCCGCACAGUGAGAAUCGUCGCCGUCGCCCUCGUUCUCGCCGCCGUCGACAGCAGGGAACAGCCCGUAGAGGAGAGGAGAAUUUCGCGUCCGCAUUAUCGGUUCCGACGUGCAUUCGACGGAGUGGCUUUCCGCAUCGGACAACGAAACGCCGUUCGCCGUCGGAGGCCGUCCGUCGAUCUCCACGUCGGUUCUCGCGUAGUUCGAUCUUCCCCGUGGUCUCUCCUCUCUCUCUCUCGCUCACUCUCUCUCGUUCGGUCUCUCGCUCGUCCGUUCGCUCGCAACCCCGUCGUCCUCGGGACGCCCGGCGUCGUAGCACCGCUCCGUGCCCGCUCCGAUUCACAGAGACACGUAUAACGUUAAACUACUUUUCGCGGUGCGCGAAGGGAACGAGAGAGGUGUGCCCCCUGCUCCAUCAGCCGUUGGUUCUCGAGGAAGCGGACGAAGGAACAAACGGCCCGGAGAGACGGACGGUCUCCGGCGUGCGCGCGACUCUCUCUCCUUUCCUCCGAAGGAUACCCCGUCAGUCAAGGACGACGUCGUUGCUCGCCCGUUAACGCGACGGCAGCAGGCCUCCAGGAUAGCCCCGGAAUCUGGAACCCGGUCGUCGGAGGCCAGCCCCGGGCUCGUGGUACCCAGGAAUAUUGCCGGGGAGGGAGUGUAACGAGUAACCAGCAAUGAGUACCACGGACCCUACCGGGGAGGGCGGAGGAGGGGGAGGAGGAGGAGGGGAGAGUGCCACGACGACAAAUGUCGAGCAGAUUGCAUCCCCGAGCACGCCGAUCACCACCGUGCCGGUGCAGCCGGCCGUUCAACAGCAACAGCAACCGCAGCAACAUCCGCCGCCGUCGCCCCUGAGCGGCUGCUACCUUCUCGUGGUGCUUCCUGAGCCUCAUACCGCACAACACAAGGACCUCAUCUUGAACCGCCUCGCGAAAGGUUUUCUAUCAUGGGACAAAGACAGUUGUCACGUCGACCUGGAGAAGGAAUUAUUGGCCUUAGUAGCGCAAGCCCCGGAGGGCGAGGAAGCCAGAAACGGCGAAAGGUUGAUCCAAUAUGCCACCGAGAACCUCGUAACGGAAGUUCUCAUUCACCCGCAGACGAAUACAUUGUUACAGUGUAUUCGCAAUCUCCUUGCGAGCUUCACGAAGCAUCGGCACAUCAUACACGCUGGAUACACAUUCGGUGGCAAUGGUUCCUGGAUACUGCAGGAUGGAACCUUCAGUCUCGCAGACUUUCUGGAUGCGUUCAGUGAACAUGAGGUGCAAAGAGUCCUUCGUGCCUACGAAAAUAGCGUUACCGUAGAUAUACAUUGCGCGGGUGUCGGCGAUUGGACGACAAGUCGACUAUCGAAGGAGACUUGUUGCAGAUCUUGCAGAGUCAGAGUGAACCCCGACGACGUUCUCACAGCUGGCGUACCGGCCAUCACGAGUUUUACGAAUUACAUCGGACAGUAUCUCGUGCCGCAAACACUGGACCAGCUCAUGGAAUCGUCCGACGUCGUUGGAAAUAUUAGAUUUAGCCAUCCGACCUUAUAUGUCUUCCCCGGUGGGCAAGGUGACGCCGCGCUUUUCGGUAUAAACGGCUUCAACAUGCUCGUCGACGGCGGCUUCGCCAGGAAAGCAUGCUUCUGGGACUUCACUAGACAUCUAGAUCGAUUGGAUGCUGUUCUAGUCACUAGGAUAAAUAACAGUAACAUCGGCGGCAUGUUUAGCGUUCUACGCAAGAAGAAGGAGAUGCACGUCUACCCUCAGAUCGGCCAUUUCUUCUGUAACUUAGUUGAAAGAAGACAAUCAAAUUCACCCGAUGGCGAUAAGGACAUUGAUCCGCUCGUCUUCAACCUCACUGACAUUGGUCAAGAGAUGGUGGUGAAUCUUCGACACAUUAAUCUCCGUGCUCAUCCUUGCUACAGAGAUCCUGAGCCGAUCAACCUCUAUCACAAAGUGGGCCACGGCACGCUCGACAUGUACGUGCUCAGUCCGAACAAAGACAGUCGCGAGGUGCGCGAGUUCCUGGCCAAGUGGCACACGUCGGACUCGAAGCUGUUCGCAGGGUCUCACAAGAAGGAUUCGAAUAAUCUCACAUUUCCGAUUCAGAAUCUCGUGUCGAUAUGCGCGCUUCUGGUUUGGCAGCCGGCCAAUCCCGAGGACAAUAUCACGCGGAUUCUCUUUCCCGGCAGCACGCCGCAGCAUAAGAUCUUCGAAGGUUUCGAACGAUUGAAACAUCUUGAUUUCUUGAAGCAUCCGGUAUGUUCAGCGAAGACACUGUCACCGUCAGUGUCCCUGGCGACGCUCAGAGACAAACCGGCCAAGCAGAAAUUCAGUCUUCUCGAGAGGGAGCCCAAGAAAAUUUCGGAGCCGAAGAAAGAGAAGAGAGAGCCAUCGGAACCCAAAUCCAUCAAGGCCGCGGACGAGACGACUGCACCCAAGAGUACCCCUCAAUCGACGCCAAUCAUACCUACGAGUAAACCUAAAAUCGAGAUAAAAACGAGGAAACUUGUGGAGAACAAGAAGCUCGAGACCGAGGAGAGCAAGAAGGAAAGUAAGAAGAUUGAAAAGGAACUGAAGGAGGUAAAGAAGGAACCGAAAAAAGAACCAGCUAAAGUGGAAAAACGCGAAGACGAUGUAAAAAGGACUGAUUUAAUCAAAUCAGAGCCCGACAAGACUAAAGAAUCUAAAGAACCGAAAGAACCGAAAUCCAAGCCCGAACCAAAGAAGAAAGAACCGAAAGAAAGUAAAGUGAAGGUCGAAUUAAAGAAGAGCGAGGUAACCCCGAAACCGAAGCUGAGCGAGAAGAAAGCUAAACCUUCCGGCUCGGAGAAGAGAGACGCCGUGAAGUCCUCCCCGACUACUCCGAAGAAGACUCUAAACGGCGUUGCAACAAAGACGGAGAUAACAAAAGCUGUGCCGAAGGCAAAACCGGCGUCUAAGGUCGCUCCAAGUCUUCCAGCCAAGAGCGCCAAGGAGGCCAACAACAGAAAAGUCGUGGAACAGAAGAAGUCCGAGGUCGAGAAGUCCACCGUGAAGGAUACCGCGGCGCCCGCCGUCAAGGUGUCCGCGAAACCUAAGCCGAUGGACAGGAAGCCGAUCAGCCGUCGCGCGAAACCGGCCAGUCCCAAUAAAGCCCGUAUGCCGGGCAGUCCGGCAAAAUCUACUCGCAGUACUCCAACCGCUUCUGUAAAGUCCGAUAAAGACGGCGUUAUUCGCAAGGUGAAGGGCGACAAAGGCACCACCGAUUCGUCCACGGUCUCCACUCCGUCUGGCAUAGAACCAGAAGCUGUAAAACCGAUCGACAAGAGCUUAGUCGAACAAUCUGAGGAUAUAUCGCUAGAUUCUAUAGAAAGCAAAGUACUGGCGGAUCUCAAGGAAGAGCGAGAGGUGGUGGAAGAAAUUGAAGCUGUUUUACAGAAGGCGGAAAGAAUCGGGGAGACGCGAAAAGAGGAUCGUUUCGAGGGUGAUGACGAAAUCACGGCCGAGGCCACUGAUAAGAAGGAGGAGGAUAUCACGGAGGAGGAUGUCACCGCCGAGAUUGAGGAUGCACCUAAGAAGGAAGGUUCUAGAAAGGCGAGUCAAGAACUAACUGAGGAGGACGAGUAUCUCAUCGUGGAGAAAGAAGAGGUUUAUACCGAAGAUUCUGCUCAGAGCGGCGAGGGCGAACAAAAGCACGUUCUCGACGAAGCACAGUCGGAAAAGGCGAAGACGUUGAAAGACGUGGAGGAAAAGGGCGAGAAGGAGGAACCUGAGGAAAAGGGAAAGGACGACAGUCCAGAAAAGAAGGUAGAAAAGGUCGCGGAUAAAGAAGAGAAAAAAGUCGCUGAGUUGUCUUCGGAACAUAAGGAACAGUUGCAGGAAGAAGUAAAGGAGAUAAUAGCUUCCGCAGCCGAAAUCGUACAAAAAGCCGAAGAGAAGGACGACUCUGGUAAGAAAGACAGCGAGGACAUCACGAAGGAGCCAUCCAGCCUAAGUCCAGACAAAUUGGAUUCAUCGGAGAAAAAGACGACCGACACGGACAUGAAGCCGGACGUUGACCAGAAGGAGAUUAUUCUCGAAAAGAUGGAGGAGUCUCAGGAGCGCAUCUCGACGGUAGAAUCAGGAGCAACUACAACCGCUCCGACUUUACCUGAAGACGAGCGAAUACCGUUAGACGAAAUAAAAGAGGAUAUUGACGAGAAGCAUGUUAUUGAAGAGGUAAAGGAGAAGGACGCUCCUGCGAAGAAAGAAGUCGUUCCGGAAACUGUUCCCGCGGCCGCCAAACCGGAAGUCAAGGUAUUUGACGUUCGCCAGGCAAUGCAGAAUUUGCAAAGAGAUAUCGUUAAAACACCCGACGAGGUCGCCGAUCUUCCGGUUCAUGAAGAAGUCGAUCCUAAGCUCUACAGAAUGGAAGAUUUCGAAAAGGGGAAAGAGGAGAAGCCAUCGCCGACUGCACAGGAGAGUAAAGAACCACCUACUCCGACCGCAAAAGAGCCGAAAGGUGUCUUCAGCUUCUUCGGCAAGGUAGCGGAUAAGUUUGAAAAAGGUAUUGAUAAAUUGACUAAAAAAAAGAAAGAUUCCGAGAAAGACUCCGACGAAAAAUCUUCCUCAAAAUCGAGUUCUCCGAAAGAACCGAAAGCGCAAGAGAAGGCGCUUUUAGGCGAGGUCGAUAUGGAGAAGAUGUUUCCUAAAAUCGGUAAGGCCGUUGACAAACCUGAUACGUUCGAAGAGGCGAAACCCACGAUGGCUGACGUGAAAGUGGCUGCUAUAAAGGAAACCGCCGCGUUUAUACAGGAAGAGAUAUUGGACGCCCAGAAGCAAAGUGUGCCGGAUAUCGAAGAGCAGCUUCCAACUGACAAAUUGGAUGAGAUUAAGAAAGUAGAAGACAAAAUUGAAGAAUCAUUCCUUGCGAAGGACAUAUUGCCAGCUGCCGUUUCUCCGGCGAAGCCAGACGACAUCGGACUAGAAGAAGACGUCGGCGAAGAUGUAGAAGAGGUAAAGGCACUUUUAGAGGAAGCCUCGAAAAAAUUCAAAACUGUGAAAGAUAGUUUAAGAGAUUCGUUGGAAUCGUUGGACGAGAAAAUUAAGGAAGAGAUAGCAGAGGUACAUGAAACACCAUCCGCUUUGAAAGAUGCAGUACAGGAUACUUUGGAAGGGGUGGCCGAGAAGUUGGAAGGGAUAAAGCCACAUAUCGAGAGCCACUUACUCGAUAUAAAAGAACCGGAAAAGGUCAAAUUUGAUAUACCAAAAGAUGAAGAAUUCGAAAACGAAUACGAAGAGGAGAUAGCAGCGGGACCAUACCGAGACAUGAAAGAAGCUGUCAGAGAUGUCGGAGAAGUCCUUGCUGGCACUGCCGGCAUCGAACUCGAAGAUAAACCCAAGGAUGUCAUAGAAAUCGUGAAGAAAGUCGCCGAGGUUCUCAGAGAAGAUGAUUUAUUUUCCGACAAAGCGCUAUUCGAGCAGGCCUCUAAGAAAGAAGAGAUCACGCCAAUUUCGACAGAGAGAAAACCAUCGAAAGGAGAAAUCUCUCCAAUUUCGACGGAAAGAAAGCCUUCUGUACCAAGUGAAAAACUAUCUCCGGAGAAGGUCGCUACAUUGGAAGAAAAGGUAUUACUGGAAAUUACUCCAGAAGAUGUUACGAUUUCCAAGAAAAGUGCUCAGGAACCCGACACACUUGUGGCGCAGCAUGAAAAGAUGUUUGGCACUUUUGAAAUAGAAGAGGAACCCUGCAUAAAAGUGGUGAAGGCAAAAGACGAUAUAGUAACGUCACCCGUGAAGGACGUAACGAGGGAUAAGCGGGACGCGCAAAAAAUUUGUGAGGAGAUGUUAAAGGACGAUCAGCACAUUUGCGAUCAACAUAAAAAACCAACGGACGAUGACACGUUUCGGGUGGAUGUAAUGCAGGCUGGUAUCGAGAACGUUUGCGUGAAGAAAGUGGCAAAACGCCCAUCUUUCGAGGAAAAGCUUGAGGAUGAAAUCGAGGAGCCCGUGAUCGGCUUCGAGCAAAAGGUUUUGCCGGCAAAAGCGGAGAUAGUGAUGGUGACUCCCGGUUCUACCCCGACUUCACCGAAAUUCGUCAUGGACAAGCUAUACGGUGAAGGAUUGGAGAUCGGCUUUCGGGAACCUCCCAAGUUGCCGGAGGAUAUCAAGCAAGUUCUCAGCAGGGAAGCGCCUGUUGAAGACGUAAUUGAGGAAUUGAUUGUUACAAAAAAGAAGAAGGUCACUAUCGAAGUGAUCGAAUAUAUCACUAUAGUAAAGCACAUCCCGAGGGAACGCGUGAUUUAUAUUAUCGAAGAGAUCAUUAUGAAGAAGGGACUUCCCAAAGAAAGUGUAGUGGACGAUCUCGAGAUUCUGAAGCAGGAGGAAUCUAUCACGCCUGAGAAGAGAAUGGAGGUCGAGGAAUAUAUCAUUAACGAGUACAUCAUUAAAGGGAAGCGAAUUACCGUAGAAGUCGUCGAGGAAAUCUCGAUUAAGAAAAUUGUGCCUAAGAAGAUCAUUGUCGAAAUUAUCGAAGAGAUCAUUGUUAAAAGGAAGAUUGCCAGGCAUAUGAUACUGGACAUUCCUGAACAAGUAUUAUCGGAAAUAUUUAAAGAGGAGGCGGAAGAAUCGCCAGAGCAGUCGGCAGAGGAGCAAAUAACGCCAAAAAUAGACGCAACUGUGAAACGAGACUCCGUUGCUGAAGUUGCUGGUGUUUCAGUUGUAGAACAAGAAUUAAUUACGCCUCAGAAACGAAUAGAGAUCGAGACAUUUAUCGUCAAUGAGUACGUUAUUAAGGGGAAAAAGAUUACCGCAUCGACAAUCGACGAAAUUUCUGCACAGAAGACCGUGCCCAAGCAAAUCCUCAUCGAAAUUAUCGAAGAAAUCGUUAUUAAAAGAAACAUUCCCAGGAAUGUGGUACUUGACGUUAUGGAGGAAGAAUUAUUAGCAACAUCUAAGACGGCACCUGAGGAUGAGAAAAAAAAGUCGGCCGUUGAGGCACCUAGUGUGGAAACUUCGAAAAUGGAAGAACCAAUAACUUUGCAAAAAAGAGCGGAAGUUGAAGAAUUCAUUGUUAACGAAUACGUUACCAAAGGGGAUAACAUUAACAUUAAAAAACUUGAAGAAAUAUGUGGUAAAAAGAAGGUGUCUAAGAGAAUCAUUAUCGAGAUUAUCGAAGAAAUUAUCAUUAAGAGAAAAAUUCCAAGGCAUGCAAUACUUAGUGUAACCGAAGAAGAAUUAUCGCGUAUCAAGGAGGAAGUCAUUCCAGAAUCGCAAAUACUGGAUGAGAAGAGGAAAUCGAUUACUGAAAUGCCCAGCUCUGAGGAGAAAAAAACUCCAAUUGAGUUGAAAGAACAUGUGCUCGAGCGAGAAAUAAGCACCGAAGAGGAAUUAUCGGCCUUGUCUGAAGAGGAGGACGUCGAGGAGGAAGAGGUGGAUGGAUUUGUCAGUAUACCUAGAAGGAUUUCCGAUGUAGCUGAUGCGAAGAAGAAAGCGAUCCCAGAAAUGCCGCUUACGAUUGCGAAGGAGCACGAGAAAGAUGUGAUUGACGACUUCGAAGCUGUCGAGCAAGAAUAUAAAGUACGUGAUGUACCAGUCACGUCUCCCGAGAAAGCGGACGAGAUGAAAGAGAAAGAAGACGUUGAAGAAGCUGCAGAGGAUACCACGAGUGAAGUGAUCGAGGCGGAUGAGAAAUUUGUGCAAGAAACCAAAGGGAAGGUGGGAAAAGAAGAGCCUGAGAUCGUGAAGGACAUUAAAUCUGCUGACAAGAAACGAGAAUCUGAAAAGUCCGAGAUUUUGGAAAUCGAUACCACCGAGAAAUAUUUGGACGAGGCUAAGGAGAAGACGGAUGAUAUUUGUCUGAAAGAGACUAUUUCUAAAUCAACUACACCAAGUCCGAAGGCAAUUGAUGAAAAGCUUGGAAUGAAAGAGAUUGAGCCUGUGGCCAAAAAAGAAGUCGAGGAACCGCAACUCGAGACAAAAGACGAUAAAUCAAAACCAACAAGUCCAAUUAAAGGCGAAACAUUAAAAGAUUUUGUGCAUCCUUCUGAAAAAGUUGCUGAGGGAAUGAAGCCGGAAACAAGGAUCGCAGAUGCAACAGGCUUCACACAAGAGCCGAAAGUAGAGCCAGGAGACGAUAAGAAAUCUGAACUAUUACUAACCACAGGAAUUAAAGAAACUCCAGCAACUAAAGAAGAGAAGAGUGCUCAAGAAAGUUCUUCAAAAAUGGACGAUGGCACUGUCACAAGAAUGCUGGUCACAGCAUGUAGCGAGGAUGGCAGAGAAGAAACUGAGAUCUGUCCAACUGGUAGCAUAACUUUCACAAAGACCGCCUCUCCGGACGAUUCUCUUAAAGAUGUAUCUGCUAAAUCCACACCGGAUAAAGAUUCUUUACUCUUAGAUAAGGACUCGCACUCGGGCGUGAGUACUCCCGAGAAGGACAGCAUUUCCGAAAAAUCUGCGCCAGAAGGUAAGGAUAAGAUUUCCCCGGAAGAUAGCUUGGAAAAAUCACCCGUUGGUCCUCGUGAUUCACAGGAUCUUGAAGACAGUUUGGAAAAACCGGAAUCGCAUAAGCCAAAGGUGUCAGAUAAAAUUUUCGAAAAAGAUGUACCGAAGUCGCCUAAGCAGGAGCACGAGCCAAAAUCUCCAGCUGAGGAUGUAGGAGAGAUUAAGGAAAUAAAAUCUCCGGCUAAAGAAAAGAUCGAGAAACCUAGUUCCCCUGUUGAAAAAAUCGAGAAAUCACGUUCUCCUUCGCCGCUUGAAAUGAAAGGAGACGUACAAAAACCAGGAUUACCUCUUGAUGUAACAAUGCAAAAAUCUCCAAUAGAAUCAGCCGAAAAACCAAAACUUCCAAUCGAGAAGGUGCUUCCAGAACCUAAGAAAGAAGAAACGAUUAGUGUUCCGAAGACACCCGAAUCAUUCCAUUCGGAGGAUGCUUCACCAGCUGAAACAAUUUUCUCGAAGUCGCCCACAGAUAAAUCUGAGAUGUCCUUUGCGAAGGCACCUAUUACCGAAGAAGACAUUGCUGUCGAAUCUGUUGCAGAAAUUAAACCGAUUGUAGACAAAGAAUUGCCAAUAUCUUUCGAGAAAUCAAAGGAACUUGAAGAUAAAAUUGCCACAGACAUUAAACUACAAAAAUCAGAGGAGAAAGAGCCGGUGGAUAAAUCUAAAUCUGCUAGUGAGAAAUCUGAGCAAGAUAUUAAAUCUCUCGAUAAGUCCCCUAGUGUUCUAAGUGAUACAGUUGAUGAGAAGGAAACUGAUAAGCCGAAAUCGCCUAGUAUGAUUGAGAAAGAAAUGAGAAGUGAGAAGUUGCCUAUUUUCGAGAGUGAACAUUACGAUGAAAAGGGACCAAUUGACGAAGCUAGAUCUCCGAGCGCGAUCAGCGAUAAAUCCGAUGAGAGGAAGGAGGCCGAACGUUCGAAGUCACCGAGCAUAGCCGCGGAUAAGCCGGAUCUUCAAGAUGUGACGGAGCGUUAUUUUGAGAAACCAAAAUCCCCUAUUUUUGAUAGGCCAGAUUCGCCUAAAGCUAUUGAUAAGACUGAAGAAUCACACGAUAAAGAUAGAUCUCCCAGUAUAGCUAGUGAUAAAUCAGAUAGCAAGAAAGUAAGUGACCAUUCUAGAUCACCAAGUGUUUCCGUAGAAAAAAUAGAGCUCAAAGAUGUGGACUUACCAGUCGAGAGAACCCGAUCGCCUAGUGUCGCAAGUGUUAAGGAAGACAAACUGGACCCGAUGAUUUCACUACAGGAACAGUUUUCACCCGGAGAAUCAAAGGACGUGUUGAAAUCUCCGAAGCUCGAUGAAGAUAAAUCGGAUUUGAAAGAUGUAGUGCAACCUCCAUUAGACAAAUCAAGAUCACCGAGUGUGACAAGCGGUAUUACCGAACCUAAAGAUCGUUCAAAAUCGCCUAGUAUUGUCGGCGAAAAACCGGACAUGAAAGAUGUGUCGGAAACACCGAUAGAGAAAUCGAGAUCCUCUAGCAUUACAGGAGAACAGAAAGAACCGCUUGAUCGUUCUAAAUCUCCGAGUAUUGCUGAAGAGAAACCGGACUUGAAGGACGUCACGGACCGACCCGAUGACAAAUUAAGAUCGCCCAUCGCGAUGAGUGCUACAAGUGAUCUGAAGGGACUUGAAGAUCGAUCGAAAUCACCGAGCAGUACUGAUCUAACAGAUAUUACAGAAAGAUCAUCGAUAGAUAAAUCCAAGUCACCUAGUAUCGCAAGUAUUACGUCUGAUCAAAAGGAACCAAUGGAAAAAGCAAAGUCGCCAACACUCCCAGAUAAAAGGGAAGAACGCGAUAGGAGCAAAUCGCCGAGCGUGGCCAGCGAAGGGGCGAAGUCAGCCAUUAGCUCCAAACCAUCGAGUGUCGCUGGAGAUGUGGCGGACUUGAAAGACGUAUUAGAACCGUCGGCUGACAAGUCUAGGUCACCCAGUGUAGUAAGUGCGACAAGUGACCAAAAAGAACCGAUCGAUAAACCAAUAUCUCCUGUAAUUCCUCACAAAGUAGAAGAGUCGCACGACAGGAGCGAAAAGUCUGACGAGAAGAAAUCUGCCGAUGGCUCGAGAGCGACCGGCGUUACGAAGGAAAAACCAGAUCUUAAAGAUGUGAUGGAACAACCAGUCGAUAAAUCCAGAUCAUCAAGCGUCGCGAGUGAGAAAGCGGAUUUAUUUGGAAAACCGACUUCGCCUACUGUUUCUGAUAAAUUAGAACCACCUGUUGAUCGAAGCAAAUCUCCCAGUGUUGCUAGCGAUAAGUCCGAUGCGAAGGUAUCUCCAAGCUUUGAUUUGAACAAGUUUUUGACAGACGAUCAGCAAAGAAUGUAUCUUGACGAAUUAAAAACGUCCGGCGUAAUUGGCGAUCUGGAUUUUACCGACCAGAUAAGAUCAUUAAGCAUCAUUAACGACAAGACGGAGCCGAAAUCAUCAUCCGAUCUUUCAGGAUCAGCAAGUUCGGCCGACGACAAACACGAUCAAAAGGACAAAUCGAGAUCAUCAAGUGUUGCCAGCGAGAGGCUCGAUGAUACUGACAUUAAGGUUUCACAAAUACCAGAAGCGAAGGGAGAACAAUCAAUUUCACCGAGUUUGGAGGCGGGAAAGACGCCGAAAGACGAAUCUGCUAAAUCGUCACGAGCCAGUUCGCCAGUGGACAAAACACCAAAGGAUCGCUCACGUUCGCACAGCGUCUUCGAUGCUGGCGAGAAAACACCGGCCAGUAGAUCUAGAACAGCCAGUUUAUUGGAGGAUAAGCUGCCAGAGAAGCUGUUUCCUCAAGAAGACGCCUUUGUCUCGCAUCUCGAUAUGGAGAAAUCACUUGACGAGAAGGACGAACGUAAGGUAGAACACAAGAGUCCUAUAACUUCCCCCGAGACAAUAGAGAAAAAAAUGCAGAAGAUUCGUGAGAAACGAUUUGCUGAUUUUAAAGAACCGGACGUCGGACAGCCGAGCAAGGUAGAAAAAUCAGACGACGAGGAAGAAGACGUCGUUAAAGUGACAGCCGAGAAGAAGGCGGAGAUCGAGAAGUACAUUUUAGAUGAAUUUAUUGGGAGGAAACGAAAGAUCAGUUUGACGGUGAUUGAGAGAUUGGUUAUGAUGUAUUCGGUGCCCCAAUUUAUAGUGAUGGAGAUAAUAGAAGACAUCAUCAACCGGCAAAACGUGCCCAGAAGCGCGGUUUUCGACUUCGUAGACGACGAUACCUCGUUCGAAUCUCAAUACGGCAAAGAACGAGAAACGACACUGCUGGCACCGCAAGAAAGAGCGGAGCUAGAAGAGUACAUCUUUGAAGAAUUCAUCGCGAAGAAAAAGAAGAUCACACCGGAAGUUUUGGAAGAAAUGGUUAUCGUCAAAUCCGUGCCACGAUACGUGCUCAUUACGAUUAUUGAAGAGAUCAUUGUGAAGACGAAGACACCUAGGAACACCGUGAUCGAAGGCGAUUUAGAGAUAUCAGGAGAAAAGAGUCUGGAUAGUUUAGAAAAAAAACAUGAAAAACCAGGUGCCACCAUGAGAGGCGAAAGUCCGGAUGGCAAGAUAUCUCCAGUGGGGAGCGAUCGACAUGGCAGGGACUCAAAAGCGGGGCUCUCUGCUAGCCCCAGUUUGAGUCCAGAGCCUAUUCCUUCCGACAAAUCGACUCAGGAUAGUCCCCGGUCGGAUCCGCAUCUAGACGAGGAGAUCCUGAUAUCGGAAGAGAAGCGAGUGGAAAUCGAGAAGCUCCUGGACGAGGAAUACAUAAAGAAAGGGAAAAAGAUCACGGAAGUGAUACUCGAGGAGAUAAUCGUCAAGACUUCUCUACCCAGAUACAUCAUCUUAGAGAUCGUGGAGGAGAUUGUACUGAAGAGGAAGAUCCCGAGAGAAUCUGUGAUCGAUGAGGAAAUUUAUCAAGAGGAAGAGGACUACGAUAAGGUAGUGUAUCGCUAUGAGGAAACAGCAGAUACAGAUUAUGAGUUGCCGCACGAUGCCAGGAAAUCUUCGGUCGAGUACAGAAUGGGGAUGUAUCCGGAAACAGGUGAGCGGCAGUUAGAGAAGCCUGAUUAUCCGUCGAAUUAUGAGAGUCAGUUCCACAAGGCCUUCGUCGGUGGUAUGACGGAGAUGCGGACGACGCAUAUAACCACACUGUCUGGAAAAUCGACACCGGAAUUUGCGCAUGAUGCGACUUCCGCAUCCGGGAUCGAAUCAACCAGCAAAGCGCCCGGAACGUCACCGGGGCCUACUCUGACCACGACUCACACAACGGAUGCGAAAGAUACAAAGGACGUGCAAUCCGCGCAAACUGUUACGAUUUUGAGAGAAAGCAAGAUCGCGGGAACUAUCGAUAAAGACGAGCCUGAAGAAACUGCGGGGAUUUCGGCGACAGAUAAGAAGGUAGAAUCACAAGAAAUAGCCAAAGGAGUUGAACGACCAAGUACUCAACAAGAUGAGCCCGAGGCGAUUACCAAGAUCGUCAAGCGGGAAAUUGUGGAACACGAUGAGCCGGAAGUGGUCACUAAAGUCGUCAAACGUGAAAUUACUGAGCAAGACGAGCCUGAAAUUAUCACACAGGUGAUUAGACGCGAGAUCCUCGUUUCUGGCGAAGAGAUGGAUGACUCGAAGGAAGAUUCCAGUGAAUACGUGAAGACGAUUACGACGAGAACAACGCGAAUGAUUGUGACAGAGGAAUUACCGGAUGCCGAAUUAACGCAAACUGAUCCUUCGAAAGUUUACACAGAUCCCACCUCAGGUACAAGCUACAAGGUUUUAAGCGACGGAGGUCCGUCUGAUGCAACGACCAGCGCUGACGUGAAGCGAACCGUGACGACGGUAACUACAAUCACUGACUCCGAUGGCAAAGUUAUCGCAAAGAAAGAUAUUAAGGAGAGCGCGGACACUUUGGCCAGCGAUGAAUUAUUGGAAAAUUUGACGGAAACCACCAGACCUGCGGAGGAGAUCGUCAAGGAAACAAUCACGACUGUGACAUCAGGCACUGGAAUAACAGAUAUAAAAGCCGUUUACGAUUCCGGUAAAUCAACACCUGACCUCAAACAGGAGGAUAAACUUGAGUCUACGGUGAAGGAACGCUUAGACACAGACAAAUUUGAACACCCAGUGUCCCCUUUAAUACGAGAACUUAUAUCUGAUGACAAGAGUUAUUCGGGCAAGUCCUCGCCAGAUAUAUCGCUGCCCAAAGACAUCGUCUUUAGCGGCAAGUCUACACCAGAGAUUCCUAUGUCGCCGUUGGUCAGAGACGGCGCCGUAGUCCAGCCUCACGCAUCGGGUAGAUCAACGCCGGACAGAAGAUUCGAAGGUCGAUCGUUGACGGGCACACCGGAAGGAUUCAGAUCAGGAGAGAUGAUUCGAACUAUCGUCACGACCACGAAGACUGUGUCCGACGAAGGUGAAAUAGUGACGACCACUAGGGAGGUCACAGAGACGACAAAUGAGAAAGGGGAGACGGUUGUGUUGGCCGAGAAGACCGACGUGAAGGUGGACGAACGUCUGCCGAGCAAAGAUGCCGCGGAGAGCGCGAUCAGCAGUAUCAUCGGUAGCAUCAAGUCCUCGGAGUUGCAACGUAGCGACAGUCCAGGAUCCGAUGCAACGAGCGAAAAGGAUCGCGGUCCGGUUAGUCCAUUGAGUGAGCACAGCAGCGUGCACAGCAAGGCCAUGACGCAUCCGUGGGGUAGCAGUGAGGAGCGACAUACUUAUUCUGACGAUGAGCCACCCAGCUCGCCUUUCUCCUCGCAAGCCGGAUAUUCGUCGCAAGCGACACGACUCUAUGAGUUAGCUUCCGACAAGCAAGAGGAACAGAAACAGAUUGAGUUCUCAGCAGCCGCGAUGAGUAGUAGCUUCUACGGCGAGCUGCCAGCGGUACCGUCCCAGAUUUCUGCCAUGAAGACUUUCCACGGCGAAACUGGUAUGCAGACAAGCACCGAUCCCAUUCACAGCCGAUUUACAGUCGAGAAGGAACCUGCCGGCGAUUAUGGCGAGAAGCCGGACGCGAAGCGAUACGUUGACGAGGCCGACCUCGACUUCGAUAAGGCUCUGAUGGAGCACAAAGAGAUGAAGGAGGCUGGAGGAGCCUUCAGCGGCGGGAUAGCGCCCAGGUACACGAAUGGUAGUCUUCGGCAUGAAGCGACUGACGAAAAAGAUCACCCGUCAUCGUCUGUGUUCCGGGACGACGCUAAGGAUGAUUCGAAGGGUGACUCAAAGAAGGAUCCCUUAGAGGGAUGGGGAACUCCUCUCGAUCUGCCGUCUCCUAAACCGCCCAAAAAGUUUAAUCUGAAGAACCCUGCUCAAUCUCCGUCAUGCUCAAGCGGGACAACUUCCGAUACUCUGAAUUUCGACGUUGUAAAAGAUUGGGGGGAACCUCUUAGGCUGCCCUCGCCCGCGCCAGUGACCAACGAAGUAUCGAACAAAGGUACACCCGGUACACCGAAAAAGGAGCGGAAGCAAGCGAAGAAGGUUCAGUCGGAAAAUAUCAAAAACAAGAAACGCUCGGAGAGCCCUGGCAAGAACGAGAAAAAGGCGAAGGACUCGAAGAAUAAGGUUCAGCCGGUUUACAUGGAUCUGGCGUACGUGCCCCAUCACGGAAAUUCGUAUUACACUUCUUUGGAAUUCUUCAAGAGAGUGCGAGCGAGAUACUACGUUUUCAGCGGCACCGAGCCCAGCCGGGAAGUUUACGAUGCUCUGCUAGAAGCUAAAAAGACUUGGGAGGACAAGGAUCUCGAGGUAACCAUGAUCCCGACUUACGACACCGAUACUUUGGGCUACUGGGUCGCCGAUAACGAGGAAGCGCUCGCAGCGAAUCACAUAGACUUGUCGCCGUCCGCGUCCCGGUGUACCAUCAAUCUCCAAGAUCACGAGACUAGUUGCAGCGCCUACAGGCUCGAGUUCUAGGGAUUGGCAGCCUGCUCAGCCGUAAUAGUCGAAUUCUGAGCGGUGUCCGGAGCGCGUUAUCGUUUCGUGCUUUCAAACCCAUUUCUACGGGAGAAAAAAAAACAAAGAAAAGAAAACGAAAGAGUCAAGCGCUCAGACCGACCUACCGUCCCGUCAGGUGAUUCCUGACUCCCCCAUCUAGGAGACCCGAAGACGAACAACAUUUCGAAUUUUCGAGAGUCCCUCGCGGUCGUAGCUUCGCGGCCUAGCAGGAUCGUAGAAAUCCUGUCAAACAAUGUAGAGGCAGUCCCGAGGAAGCGAGACCGACUUUCGAUCGCGCUCAGGUCUCAAAUUGGGAUUGUUUAAUCUAAGUUAGAACGUUCUCCUUAUUCCCUCGGUGCGAGGAGACGGUGCGGGCGACGAGAAGAAAGAAAGAGAAAGGGAAAGAUCGCGAGGGUUUCUUUUCUUGCACGGAGAUACAAGGUAUAAAUUAAUUAUUUACUUCUAAGAAGCCGAGAUUAUUCAUAGGGGGAAGAUUCCACGUUCGAUUAAGGCUUACACUGCGCUGAUAACAGUGGCGUCCAUCGGAUGUUUAUAUUUUCACACUCUGCACCGUUCGCAGCCCGUAGUGCGUUGAUACCGCCCGCAAUACCUUAUCGAUCAAAUCGAAAACGUUCUUGCGAAGAUUCCGCACUGAAGCUAAACCAAAGAGGGGCGAUGAUUACAUACGUUGCACGAGCGACGAUCGAUCGCGAAUCGACGACGAUCCACAAGCGCCGCGGUCCCGUAACAAUCUGUACCAGUUACUGAAAAUUACAAAUUGAUGUUAAGAUAUUCUAAUUUUCGACCCACCGAACGCGGAUCGAGCAAUCGAGACCUCCUCGCCCGCAUCCUCUCCUCGAUCAGCAGAUCAAAGUAAAACUUUUAAUAUCUCUGACACAGCUGCCCGCUUCAAGAGCACCGCGUAGUAUUUAGUGUUAUCAGUUAAACGAAAAAAAGAAAAAAAAUGAGAGAAGAAAAGUACCGCAGUUACGCGGGCACACAUUGCAAAUGAGACGGAACGUGUGCCGGAAGGGGAUCCAUCGUUCGUGGCGAUCGAUGGAUCGGCCUUCGACGGGACACGUAAGGACGUUGAGACACGAGGAGAACGAUUUACGUUUCACCUGCGAAAUAUUAUCCUUCGUUGUUACGUGACUAACGGUCCCCUUUCUCGUCGUAAAUGUCUAUUCGUGCAUAGGUAAAACGGAGCUAAAUUCCAUCGAGAAGUACUAGGAUAGGAAUUAUCUGUGUGUCGUGUUUCUAUAUCGUAGAGAAUAGAGAUACGCGCUGAGGAGUGGCGAUUGCGAUCUUGACUGAUUCCGUCGCCGCGUUGUCCGCGCGGACGGCGCGGCCCGAGCUAGCCGAGGAGUCCGACGAGGAUGAUGUCGAGAGGAAGAUCCGAAAAGCGUUUCGUUGCCGCGAGGAGAGCGCAGGGCGAUGAUGACACGUCUCAAAACGUCCAUCCGACGGAUAAAACAGUCCGUCUUCGAUCGUUUGUUUAAAUUGCCUUCGAUCGCGAAGGCCUUUGUUUUCUGAAGCUGCGACAUGAACGAUACUUUGAAAAACAGACGAUUGUAGCCACUGAGAAUUUUUUUACGGACACCGAUAUUACGCGUGCAAGAAUUGCACGGUAAAAACGAUUACGUAGCCUUCGCGGAAGAAAUGAAAUUAUUUUCAUGUGGCGUAUCGCAUCGUUAUUCCGAGGAAAACGAGUGUCGGUUACGUCGGAAGCGAUGGCGGAGAGUAUCUUACAAUGAUCGAAUCGUUGCAGCGUCGCGCGAGCACUUUUGCAACUCAUCCCACGGUCAGAUGCUGCGGGAAAGUUUCCCCCGAGAUGCGAGGAAAUGCCCAACGACAUCUGAAAAUUUCUUGGAUAAAGGAGGAAUUAUCGGAUGAAGCAUAAUCUGUCGAGAAUACAAUUCUUCAAGGGAAGAACGACGGUGACAGAGAAAGAACACUCGACUGACCGAUGGCGUGAAGGAACAAUUGUCGGACGCUUAAACCGUGACGUAGCGUCAACAGAAUGAAUCGAGAGGGAGAGACAGGAGAGAGCGUCAAAAGAAACUGAUGAGAUCCUCGCCGUAAGGUUGUCCACGUAAUGACAGAUCGGACAAACUUCUGUCUGUCGCGCUGGUGGACAAUCUCAGCGGCGUGAGAAACAUUUGGCCGAUCGCUGUUUUCUGAAGUAUCGACGACGCUUGAAGAAAACCGAUCGUUGGCCUUUGAAUAAAUAUCCAUUCGCAGAUGAAUUUUUGCGGUUCGUCGCUGGCUUGAUCUUGAAAUCAGCGAGAAUGCAUUCGAGUUGAUUAAGAAUGAUGAAACUUUUUGUACUUAACUUUUUCUUAGCUAGGCGUUUUAAGCCAAAGCGUGACGAACUGACAAAACGAUGGCGACGACUACAACGACGGACAACGAUCUGAUAGCACGGAGUGGGAAUGUGCCGAACAUCGCGCUUAUUUGAGCCUCUAAAUCGGACAUGAUUAUUAGCAAACCGAUGACAGGCCUUCCGUUUAUUUUUAUCUCACGGUGGGAGAGCGUGGAAAGUUGUUUGCCGUGGCUUCCUGUUGCAGGAGUGCGCGUCUGUCAGCGAGUUGUGAGGAGGUCGAUGGCGGUGCGUUAAACUUUGCUCAAACAGCAUGAAGAUCCAAAAUGUAUUUACAUGACGCAUGUAUUACGUAAGGACUUCCGGAAAAGUAAGUUUCUUCGGACGAUCUUUAGAUACUCUUAUGCUGUCUGGGCGGUACCCCAUCUUUUCUAAGAGAUCGAAAGAGACGCCGGGUGUCGUACCAAAUAUCUUGACUACUAACAUUCUUAUAAUUGUACCUUAAAAAAACCCGUCUAGUGCCGACCCUGUGUGCCCCUAGAUCGCAAUUGUCGCAUGCCGAUAACGUCAUGUCAGGUCGACGUGUCGCCUUGGAUUAAUUAAAUUCGAAUCGAAAUCAAAACGUGAGAAAUGACCGCAGCUGCGAUUUAAGGACACGCCGAAACGCGUGCGUAGAAGUGAUUCAUCGUUAUCCGGAAUUACGAGAGGACAUAUAAUAGGCCGGGAGGAGAAUCGAUGUACGAGAGGUAACAGAGAGACAAGUGCGAUUAAGCGCGAUAUCGAACUGUAACUUAUAGAGGACACCUUUACUCAUUAUUCUCGCGAGAUCCACGGACGAAAAUGACACUUUGACGAAAUUAUUAUGUCGCAAAAGAUGGUAAACCUUCGUGUCUAACAGUCGGGCAUCCUGUGAUUUUACCACGAAAAUUGAGAAAAUGGCAUUUGUGAACGAGACCGCCUAAGAGAUCAGGACGUCUUUCGCACGUUGCGUUGUCCGGUUGAAGCAUGAUCCUGAUGACCACAAGCGGAUUUCGCCGAAUGAAAGUCGAAGAAAGCUCUCCUCUAUACGAGACACAUUCGUGCCUACACGAAAACGAUGGUGCUCGAUUAGACCGAUCGUUGAUGACGAUAUUGAGGUACGGUGAUAUAUCGGGGAGGGGUGGGGGGGG